CUCGCUGAUCAAACAUGCGCGCUCUGUGCUCCUCAUGGACCUGCAGACCGUUUCUGCCUCUCUUUAUUGUUCUUGCAGCCAUGUCCUGUGUUUUUCACUCCAUAGAAAGUCCUGCACCUGGGAAAAUGUAUCCACGCGGAAAUCACUGGGCUGUGGGUCAUUUGAUGGGUAAGAAGAGCAUCAAUAGUUUUGCAACUCUACAACAAAGUGACCCCAGCAGUGAGAACCUCAGAGCCUCGCGCACAGAGGAGGUCACUGAGCCGCAGCGAUACGCGCGUCUGAUGCAACAGAAAAGCCACAAACUGAAGCUCCCUCAGACGCACAGCCUGGCUCUGCCACACAGCAGGAGGAGGCGAGAGGACAGAUACAAAUAUCUCCGAGAGAUAACUGACCUCCUGCUUCUGGCUUUGAAACUCCAAGAGAAUGAAUUUAUUUGA